AUGGAGCAUUGUGUCGAGCAGCUUGUGCGCGGCGAGCCAUCUCUGCCGAUGCAAGUCGAGAGCUCCAUGGGCAAGGCGAAGGGGAAGCAGCGGCAGGGCGAGUACUACCACCUCGCCAAGGAGCAGGGCUACCGGAGCCGCGCGGCCUUCAAGCUGCAGCAGCUCGACGACCGUUUCCGGUUCCACCCGCCGACGCGCGGCGUGCUCGACCUCUGCGCGGCACCGGGGGGCUGGAUGCAGGUGGUCGUCGCCCGUGCCCCCGUCGGCGCCUUCCUCGUCGGCGUGGACCUCAUGCCCAUCCGCCCCGUCCGCGGCGCGCACUCCCUCACGGAGGACAUCACCACCACCAAGUGUCGCUCCGCCGUGCGGAGGCUCAUGGACUCCAAGGGGGUCACCGCCUUCGACGUCGUGCUUCACGACGGCUCGCCCAACGUUGGCGGCACGUGGGCGACGGCCACAUGCAUCCAGCCCCCUGGCGCGAGAAGAGAGGAGAGAGAGAGGAGAAAGAGACUAGUCAACCUGCCCGCGUGGAAGUUUUUUUUCCCACAUCAUCCCGACAGGCAGGCCCCACCUGCCGGUUUUGCUGUUUUCUGGGCUAAAACGCAGCGUCAGUGCUCCGCGUUACAGAUUAGCCCCAUUGUUGGUGGUUUUUUGUGCCCUGCCUCAAAUGUGGUACUGAUCUGUUACCCUAGCCCAUAA